AUGGAGGGGCAUGAAACGGGAGACUGGGAACUAUUGAAGAAAGAAUUGACCCGCAAGUGGGGACGAGCCACACCAUUCAGAAAGUAUAGAGAAGAUGCCAUACCUCGAUUAGUUCAGAAGGCUCAAGAAGGUCAGGGCAUAAAAACCAGGCUGGAAUACAGGAAAUUUGUAGGAGAACUGGAAGAAAUGACCGACUACUUCACACGGAUGGGUUAUAGCCACCUAAACCCCGAUAGCGGGAAUCCCCUUUGGAGUGCUUUGUCCGCAGAACUCAAGAAGGAAGUGACCAAGGAACUAGCUCAUGCCAAAAAGCUCAAAAAGACUAAAGAUGGCAGGAAUAUAAUCCCGGAACUAGAUAUCCUCAAGGAAUAUGUAGAAUUAGCCCUCAUCAUUAUUUAUUUUGACGAAGAUGAGCCACAAACCACUUCAUCAGACUCUACCAAAAAGAAGGUUAAAAUACAAGAUCCUUCAGAAACAGAAGAGUUAAAGGAGACAAUAAAGAAGCUCAACAAUUCCCUGGAGUAUCAAGCAAGAGCGGCACCCCCACAUUUGAAUAGGCCUUCUUCCCCGGGUUUUGGGGAUACUAGACCACACUUUACAGCGGUGGAAUGCUUUUAUUGCAAAGAGAAACACAUGUUAUCCCAAUGCGAAGCCUAUACUCAAGACAUGCAGGAUAGACGGAUGUUCAGAUAUCAAGGCGUGUAUUACUACCCAAACAGACAGCCAAUUGUGGUAGAUAAGGACUGUUCCGUGAAGGAGAUGGUCACAAGGUUCCACGAUGAGCAAAGCAACAGCCGCACCGAGAAUACUGCAGUACAAGAGUCCACGUCAGCAGUAAUAGAAGUAGAAGAAUGGGGAUCAUGGCUUCCACCGCAGGCUAAUAUCAGCGAAGAAGAACUUCAGAACAAUAUUGGUUUUGGACUCAGAAAGUCACAAAGAAUACAAGACAAGAAUCCGCAAGCAAGCAGUCAGCCCAUGCCAGUUAAAACACAGGAAUCUGUCAGCAAAACCCCACCACCAAAUCAAGAGGCCAUUAAACCUCCCACUAGAAGAAAAAGCUUCCCCGGAUCAUGGUUGGAAGAGGAAGAACUAGAAGAAGAGGAGAGUAGUAAACAAAAGUCCACCGGACCAUCCCGUGAAAACCCCAAGCAGAGUAGAGAGGAAUUGCGAGCAAAGGAAAUCACAAUUGAGCCUUUGGAUAAAUCUAUUAGAAACAAAUUUUUUAAACAAACUUAUACACUCACUUUAGAAGAAAUUGUAAAAAUUGCACCACAGUUUCUCCAAGGUCUACAGGAGUCACGACCAGAAUAUGAUGUGUCAGAGAAGAAAGCCAACAACGUAGAACUACACUGCUCCACCGGACUAGGAACCUCUGAGAAUGAAGAAGAACGAGGCCUUACAUAUGCAUGUCCUGUUGGAAUGGUGGAUAUGACAAUUAACAAAAGGAAAAUACGUACUCUAGUGGACACGGGCGCCGAAAUGAACAUUAUUCCUGACACAUUGGCAGAUCAGCUUGGACUAGUAACUACAGAGAUAUUCAUGAGGCUUAAAGGGAUCGGAGGGCAUGUCACCCCAAUUGUGGGAUUAGCUGAGAAUAUUCCGGUCAACGUGUUAGAAUUAUCCCAUCAAAAAGGAGAAGUACUGAGUUUUCCGGAUUCAGCCAGGAGAAGAGUCUGUAUACCCAUCUGUCUACCAGAUUCACCAGGUUGGCAUAAAGAGCCUCCAGCACUCAGACAGAACUGCUCCUUUCAAGUAGUCGACUGGAAUCUUUUUGAUCAAAUAGACACCGUUGGACCACAGGACAAAAAUACCACAGUAAUUGAGUGGGAUCAAUUAGAAGGAUUGGAAGAAACUCUAUUCAGUAGUGUGGUAGUAAAAUCAGAGAACUCACAAAGUAAGGAAGACAACUUUCUAGGGAGCUAUUUGUAUGGGUUUCAAACACAAGAUGAGCUAUGGGAAGACGACCCAUGGAACAUGCACCGGCUAGAAGCUGUAGACUGGGAAAAAGAAUUGGGAGCUGCUACUCUCACGCCGGAAGAACAGAAACAAACCGAUAAGCAGCUGGCGGACGCGGAGGCAGCGUGGGCGGCAGAACCCAUUGAUGUUGAUUCAAAGACGUAUUCGACGGAGCUCACAUACCCAAGAAGAAGAGAAACACACAAGACUGGCUUGAAGAGUUACCCGGAGGGUUCUCGGACUCAUUAG